AUGAAGGAGAGAUUGCAACUGGCCGAAGCAUUGGUGAAGCCUACCGGGUCGUUGUGGUUGAAUCUAGGCUACACAAAGGCAUACAACGGGCAGCACUUCCCUCUCUCCUACCAUUUUUGGGAUGCAUUUGCCACGCUGGAGCUUCGACAGGAGGUUAUAUGGCACACUCAUCGCGGAAUUCGUAUAGGGCGUGAUCCCUACUUUGACCUGGAGGCUGUCCGAGCACCUCACGACCAGAAAACAUGCACCUAUGGUACACGUAAAGGUGUCAAGCGUUGCAACCCGCGAGGAAAGAAUCCAUCGGACGUUUGGUUAGAUCUGGACCUCGAUACGACAUUGUGGGACGUUUCCAGCGUGGCAGCAGGCGAGGGACGUUCGAGCGCUGAACGUGUCGCUCACCCGGCUCAAAUGCCACAAGAGAUUCUUGAACGGAUCAUCAAAGCUUGCUCCCCAGCGAAAGGCAGCGUUCUAGACCGGUUCGCCGGGUCCGGCAGCACUCUGAUUGCCGCCAUCAGAUGCGGGCGCGAAGCUGACGGAAUAGAAAUCUCGCCUGAGUAUGUGGCUUUGGCGAGGGAGCUAGAACACGAGGAGUUUCAAGGCCGAGCAAAGUGGGAAUUCAACGCGGUUUCAGGGUAUGAUGACGACGAAGACGAAGCCAUCAAGCGCUUCAGAGGUGGGUUCGAUGGAAAUCCCACGGUCAUUGUCAUAGUGGACGUCGCCCCCGACGCCGUUCGCGGCAACGCAGUUAGGACCGACGGACGCUCCGCGGCGGGGAGGUGGGAACGCCGGCGGCAUGGAUACGGCAUUGUUCGUCGGGAGUGGUGGAGGUGA